CUCCUGCUACUACUGUCACAAGUGAAAGAGUCACGGAGCUGGCUGAGCGCGAGGAAUAGCUGAGGCUGCAGAGCUGACACUCAUCUGGAACCACAAGAGCUGACACUCCAUCUAGAACUCUAUCCUGGGCCACAAGAGCUGACACUCCAUCCUGAACUCUAGCCUGGGCCACAAGACCUGACACUCCAUCCUGGGACACUAGAGCUGGCACUCCAUCCAGAACCACAAGAGCUGACACUCUAAUCUGGGCCAGAAGAGCUGACACUCUAUCCAGGACCACCUGUCAGCCCCCACUACCUUCCUUCCAUGUGCUCCAAGAUGGAGCAGCCCUUCUACCACGAUGACUCCCUGCUGUCUGCCUACUCCCGCCCUGACGCCGGGCUCCUGAAGGGCCCCCUGGGGCCAAUGUCGGACUCCUACCGUGUCCCCAAGCACGACCUGUCCUACUACCCGAGCCAGGUGUCCCCGUCCAGUCUGAAGAUGGCAGCCCCGGAGCUGGAGAGGCUCAUCAUCCACAGCGGCCCCGGGGUCAUCAAUGGGCCGGGCGCUGGACAGCUCUACUGCGCCCACCGCGGAGGGGGCAUGACGGAGGAGGAGGAGGGCUUUGUGGACGGCUUCGUGAAGGCUCUGGAUGACCUGCACAAGAUGAACAGAGAGGGGCCCCCCAAUGUGUCACUGGGGGCCGGGACUGGGCCUAUGGGUGGUGGGGUAGCAUCCCAAGCCAACAGCAUCUAUGGAGACACUGCAGUCUACACCAGCCUGGCCAACUACCACCCCAGCUGCUACAGGCAACCCUCAGCCACCAUCAACUACCUGCCCCAGGGGCAUGGGGGCUAUGGGGUAUCUCCCUUCAAAGAGGAGCCCCAAACCGUGCCAGAGGCUGGAGGGAGCAUGUCUGACAGCAGAGACAGCACCCCAGCUCCCAUGUCUCCCAUCAACAUGGAGGAGCAGGAGAAGAUCAAGGUGGAGAGGAAGAGGUUGAGGAACCGCCUGGCUGCCACCAAGUGUCGCAAGAGGAAGCUGGAGAGGAUAGCCAGGCUGGAGGACAAGGUCAGGGAGCUGAAGAGUGAGAACAAUGGGCUGAGUGGCACAGCUGGGGCACUCAGGGAGCAGGUGGAGCAGCUAAAGGUCAGGGUGAGGGAGCAUGCCAGGCAUGGGUGCCAGCUUCUUCUGGGUAGCAAAGGGCACCAAGUGUUCUGAGAACAGAGAUCUGGGACCUCUCAGAAAGACUAGCUCUAUUCUUGCAGAUCUCACUAAUACGAUCAAACAACCCCUGCUUGUAGGGACAGACUGACAUUCAUGGUUUACUGGAUCUUCUGGUGGGGGCCCUUCCCAUCUUGCUGCUCCCCACCCCUCCAGUACUGCUCUCAUUCUUUCCACCAGCAAGGAAGAAGACUUGCAGAAGAUGAGGGAACUCACUGACCAUCAAACUUGGUCCUCAAAGGAAGAAAAAGACUUGAAUACUAGACUGUCACCCCUCCCUAUGCAGCCAGGUCAAGGAGGUGGUUUCAAAGUUUGCCAGAGACUUAAAAAUAUGCAUGUUUACUCCAGUGAGAACUAGAUUUGGCACCCCAGAUGUUUGUGGACUGUGUGAGCACCAUUUAAAACUUAGUUCACAAACAUCAGGGGUGCCAAGGAUAGUGCUUACUAAUUCACCAUUUGGCAUUCAAAGUGUUAAUGGUCUCUGUGGGUUUUUCUCUUCCCUUAGCACUUAAACUAAACAUCGUGUCUUCCCAAUUUCUGGUUUUAAGAAUAACCAAAUGUUUGCAGUUCUAUAUCUGAAAAUAAGGAAGGGUUUGCAAAUCAUGUGACUGUAUCUUGUGAAUGGGGGAGAGGGGACUAGCUGGUAAUAUGGAAAAAGGGACCAGUCAUCUAUUGUCUAUAAAGAUCCUAUGGAUCUCUUAAUACACACUCUGGAAAGUGCUGUAUGUCGAGAUUCUUAGUAUGUACACACUGAUAGAACAUGCUGCACUAUAUAUUAGUAUGGAGUAUCUUGAAUGGUUACUCUUACAUUCUUUACCACAAUUUGAGAAUCAACUGGAUGUCUGUAAAAUAUAUUUUUAUUAAAUGCAGCAAACAAAAGGAACAAUUUUAUAUUUUAAUGUUCGUGGAAGUUUACAAAAAUAACACUUUUUAUUGUUUGUUUUGAAGCUGGUAGCUCUGUUGUAUAGCAUUGCAGAGCAGUGUUUUCUCCUGUUAAAACAGAGCGUUGGUUUAACCCCCUGAAUGCCAGUGAGGUGGACAGCAUCUGACACUACCCUGGCACUCAGGGGGUUCCAAACAAAAUCUGCUUUUAUAUAUUUUUAUUUUUUUUCUUAAGCGUGGGGUUU